CCCCUGCCAUAUUUAUUCAUGCCGGGCAAGAUGGCGGCGAUACGGACGAUGUGUUACUGCCAGUGGACAUAAACAGGCAUUUUAUUCAAAAUACAAAACCUAGUCAGAUACAUUUACACACAUAGCCGCAUUCUGUGGUUAUUUAGCACGCAACAAGCGUCGACCUCUUUUUCAUUUUACGCGUUUCAACGUUUCUUUCUUACAAAAUGUUCACGUUGUAGCUUGCUCGCUAACCGACCAGCUGGCUAACAGAGAGCUAGCUAAGUUAGCUAUCUACCGCAGCCAAGCCGCCGUGAAGUGGAGAAUGGGAGAAAAGCUUGAGCUAAAGCUCAAAUCACCGGUUGGAGCAGAACCUGCUGGUUAUCCGUGGCCAUUGCCAGUAUACGAUAAACACCAUGAUGCUGCUCAUGAAAUCAUCGAGACCAUUCGGUGGGUGUGUGAGGAGAUCCCGGACCUCAAACUGGCCAUGGAAAACUACGUACUCAUUGACUAUGACACCAAGAGCUUCGAGAGUAUGCAGAGACUUUGUGACAAGUACAACAGAGCCAUCGACAGCAUUCACCAGCUGUGGAAAGGGACUACACAGCCCAUGAAGCUCAACAAGCGUCCUUCAAAUGGGCUGCUGAGACACAUUCUACAGCAGGUGUACAACCACUCAGUUACCGACCCAGAGAAGCUGAACAACUAUGAGCCCUUCUCCCCUGAGGUGUACGGAGAGACCUCUUUCGACCUGGUGGCUCAGAUCAUCGACGAGAUGGAAAUGAUGGAAGAUGACACCUUUGUUGACCUCGGCAGUGGAGUUGGUCAGGUAGUGCUGCAAGUUGCAGCUGCAACCAACUGUAAACACUACUACGGUGUAGAGAAAGCAGACAUUCCAGCUACAUAUGCAGAGACCAUGGAUAAAGAGUUUAAAAAGUGGAUGAAAUGGUACGGGAAGAAACAUGGGGAGUACACACUGGAGAGAGGUGACUUUCUGUCGGAAGAAUGGAAGGAAAGAAUCGCCAACACAAGUAUUAUUUUUGUGAAUAACUUUGCCUUUGGUCCAGAGGUAGAUCACCAGCUGAAGGAGCGCUUUGCUAACAUGAAGGAAGGUGGAAAAAUUGUGUCCUCCAAACCUUUUGCACCUUUAAAUUUUAGAAUAAACAGUCGAAACUUGAGUGAUAUUGGCACGAUAAUGCGUGUGGUGGAGCUUUCUCCACUGAGGGGCUCCGUGUCCUGGACAGGAAAGCCAGUUUCUUACUACCUGCACACCAUAGACCGCACCAUACUUGAAAACUAUUUUGCUAGUCUCAAAAAUCCUAAACUCAGGGAGGAGCAAGAGACAGCUAGGCGACGUCAGCAGAAGGACAGUAAAAGCAAUAGCACCACACCCACAAAACCUAAAGAACUAAACAAGCAGGACUCCUGUGGUGAGGAUGAGCGUCCUAGCUUGGUGACAGUGGUCAAGCCCUCUGCUAAACCCAGAAGAGCCCGACUCUUGCCUAAAGCUCGCAAGUUGAACAACAAGAAACGUGGUCGACCCAAGAAAGCUGCCCCGGCUGCCGAGAAGAAAAACAAGAAGAAUCAGAGCGCAUUGGAUCUGCUUCAUGCCAAGACCCUUUCGGCGGCACCCCCUCAGGAUGCAUACCGGCAACCUCAGAGUCCCUUCUACCAGCUUCCCCCCAAGGUCCAGCACUAUCCCUCUAGUCAGCUGCUUCUGAGCUCGACUCCUCCUGGUCUGCAACAACUGCUAGAUAACAUCAAAGUUCAAUACCUCCAGUUCAUGACCCACAUGAAGACUCCUCAGUACCGCUCCAACCUGCAGCAGCUUUUAGAACAGGAGAAGCAAAAACACAGGGACCUGUCAGGGCAAGCGGAGCAGCUCUACUCUGUUUGUCAGUCUCACAAGGACAAGAUCAAAGGUCUCUUUCAGACCAAAUUAGAUGAGCUGGGAGUGAAAGCGUUGACUGUGGAGGACCUGCUGCAAGCCCAGACGGAGAUAUCGGCCCACAAUCAUCAGCUGAAAGAACAGACUAAGCAGCUUGAGAGAGACAUGUCCUUGCUGAGAGACCACAGCUUGCUACUGCUGAAGUCUCGAUGUGAGGAGCUAAAGCUAGAUUGGAGCUCUUUGUGUCUGGAAAGUUUGUUGAAGGAGAAGCAGGCACUACGCAGACAAAUCUCUGAGAAACAGAGACACUGCUUGGAGCUGCAGAUCAGCAUUGUGGAGCUGGAAAAAAGUCAAAGACAGCAGGAGCUGCUUCACCUUAAAUCCUACAGUCCCUGUGAUGGCUCCCCAUACCGAAAGAGUCUAGAAUCUCGCUCUUCCACAGACAUGGACUCCUCUAAGCUUGGCCUGUCCUCAGCCCCAGCCCUCAACGGUGUCAGCCCAGAGCUGUCUAUCAAUGGCACAAGCUCACCCUGUUUUGACCGGGCCAACACCAAGGGGGAGCUUCUUUCUCGCUACCUGCCCAUCUCUCCAGACCAUGAGAUUUUACCCGCCAUCCCUGAUGUCCGGCAAAGGCAGCAGAGUUCCUCCUACGCUCUUCCUGAUUACACACGCUUUUCCCCCGCAAAGAUUGCCUUGCGGAGACACCUUAACCAGGACCCCACGGCCUCUGCUCACUUGAGAGGUCCAGGGCUGACCGCACACAGGGAAUCCGGUGGUGUGAACUCUCCGCUUGGAGCCAAAAUGAACUGCCCUUCUCCCAAUGCAGCUGAUGCCCAGAAUAAAGGUUUUGAGAAGGGUGGUAAGGAGAGGAGCCCAUCUGUUCAGGGUGACAACAGCAUUACGAGCCUCCCAAUAAGUAUCCCGCUAAGCACUGUCCACCCAAGUAAACUACCAGUCAGCAUCCCUCUGGCAAGCGUGGUGCUGCCCAGUCGUGCUGAGAGACUGAGAAGUACUCCGAGCCCUGUGUUUCAGGCUGGUCAGACCAAUGGAUAUUCAUCCAGCUCAGGGCUGAUGAAUGGAGGUCCCCAUCCUGAUGACUAUAAUGGGGCUUCUUCAUCACCUCCUCCACACCCCAACACUACUUUGGCAGGACCAUUGGGCAGAGCUAUCCAGAGCCCCCCACUUAGCACUGGAGGGGUGCUCCAGUAUGCAGAUGGACCCCCAAGGAUUCUUCCAGAAGAUGGACAGGAUCGUCAAGGAGGUGAAUCGGACACGGAGCCCCAGGACAGUGAACUGCGGAGGAGAAUCUUCUUCUCCUCUUCCUCCUCAUCCUCCUCGUCCUCCUCUUCGUCAGGCAGUGGAGGCAGCGCGGCCGCAGGAUCACGCCUACACCAUCACACUGGCAACAAGCAGGGAUACCACAGUAACCAUGGAAACCACCACCACCAGUCCCCUGGCACACAGCACACUCACACACCCACACAUAUGUUGUCAUCACAUGCCUCUCACGGCCUCGUCUCUCAAGAGGGACGUAAGCGGGGGAGAAGGAAACGCAGCUCUACAGUGGCUGUCGCAGCUAGCGGAUCCCCAAAGAGAAGGUCAUUCCCCGGGCUCUGCUCCAACAACCACUCCUCAGGAUCACCACUCAACAUCAACACCAUGGUGAACAACAUCAAUCAGCCUCUGGAGAUCUCUGCCAUCUCCUCCCCAGAACAAUCAAGCCGUAGCCCCACUGGGCCUGACCUGGACCAGCCUCCCAUCUUAAAGAGAGAGCGUCCCCUGGAGCUCAAUGGCACAGGCCGGUACUCCUCUGCCCCCAGCUCCGAUGACGAGGACUCAGGAUACCCUGCGGACAGCUCCAGUUCACGAAUUGAAAGAAAAAUUGCCACUAUAUCCCUGGAGAGCAGAGAUGGACCUGGUAGACUAGGGGAUGGAGAAAGAGUCAGGAAGUCUGGCAGCAGCAGUGGUAACAGCACAGGCAGUGAGGCCUCCUCUACAUCCUCCUUGUCCUCUACCGGCAAGUGGAAAUCCACCUUUUCACCCAUUUCUGACCCCAAGCAACCCAACUCUGACCUGAGGCAGGGGGGCUCUCCAUUUGGCAUGGGGGGGUCGGGCCGGGGUACAGACUCAGAUUCCGACCACAAACAGCAGCAUCAGCAGGGGAGGAGAGGAAGUGAUGGAGAGUCGUCCAGCUACGUGAACCCCAAUCCUUUCCUCAAUCAGGAGGCAGGGCCCCGGGGUGGAGGCAGCGGGGGUGCUGGUGCCCAGGGAGGCAGUGGUUCCGACCAACGUCAGGCUCUCCAGAAACAGAAGGCCCCUCGCGACUGGGAACUGAAGACAAGCAGCAGCAUGGCUAGUCAGAACCUCUUCAUAUCUGCUGCUGCCAGCAGUGGUGGGGGCAUUUUGAGUGGGAAGGUGGGGGGCAGUCCUGUUGCAGUUUCCUCAACUACAGGAUCCUCUGUGGGCCAGUACCUGGGGUCUCAGUUCCCACUUGGAGGGACGUCUGUUUUACAGUCCUUGUUUGGGGCCCAGACAGGCGGAUCCACGGUGAGUGGGACUCAAAGGCUCGUCAACGGACACUCUGCCCUCGGAAGCUUCUCCAGUGCUGGGCUGGCAGGGGGAGUGGCUGGAGGUAUAUUUCAUCACGUGGUUCCCACAAUGUCUUCCCAUCAGUUUGGGGUGACGCUGCCCACCUCUGGAGGCCUCAGCUCUCUGCUCAGUCUCUCGUCCUCUUCCUCUACCUCCUCCCAAACCCAGCAGCACACCACUCCCCAACCAGCCUCCAUGCGCCUGGCCUCCGUGUCCUCACCUCUCCCCCUCUCCCAGGCUCAGCACAGCCGCACUCAGUCAGUCCUGCACAGCCACUCUCCUCCCACCCUCACCUUGCCCCCUCCUCCACCCCUGCACAGCACUUCCCCCUCAGCACCCACACACUCUGACGCCCUGCCAUCAUCUCGAUCCGACUCCCUCCACUCCUCACGUCUGUCUCACUCUUCUCUCCAUCACCAGAGAGCACAGUCAUCCCUCUCUCUCUCCAUCUCUGCCUCCUCUGCUUCUGUCUCUGCUGCUGCCACCGCUACUGCUUCCCUCUCCUCUUCCUCUCUGUCGACUUCCUCCUCGUCUCAUCCAUUCGCAGUGCACUACUCCCCUCGGCUGCCCCCCCCACCACAGGCCAGCAGCUCAGGUGGUGGCGGGAGCAUGUGGAGGAUUCAGGGCAUGCAUGGUAACUACACAACCUCCCAGCUCCCUGGCUCCCGACCUAGAUAGAAUUUGGGGGGUGAGGGGAAGGGGGGAGGACAGAGAGGGGAAGGGCGAAGGGAGAGAGACAGAGAGAGACUGGUAGGGAGUGAGCGAGACAGGAUACCUGUUUUUCAUGUGCUCCCAAAACAGUUUUGUUCUGAUUCAACAAGGUAAUUGUUGAAAACUACCUCAAAAUGAAAUAAACUAUGCAAAUGUCCAGGUGUGGACCGAGGCACUCUCCUCACUCACCGGUGCUUCAAAUCGUCUGCACUACCCAACCGCCUCCAAGACCGGCUUCUGUACUGGGAUCUCUGAGACACACACUCGCAGGCACACACACAUACACACACACACACACACACUCUCUCACACACACUAACCACCACUAUGGUCAGCUUGAGCAGAAUUCACAGGUACCGGUCAUGUUAAUAUGGAAAUCAGUACUGGCCGCCUCUCAGCACUCAAUGAACUGAAUUAUAAAGAUGUCUGGUUUAAAUUAAAGGUGCUCAAUAGUAUGAUAAUGUGUCGUUUUUUUCUUAGUCACUAUUACAGCAACUAGCAAAAUAAUUGGUUGUAAUGAUUUAAUGUAACAUUGAAAAACAGAUUGAAGCACAUAGUCCACCUUUAUGAUCUGUCAUGUCCAAAGUUCAUUUAAUGAGUGCAUGGCGUUUGCACACUCCAACACACACACACACACACACACACACGCACACGCACACGCACACACAUGCACGCCAGUUCAUUAAACUUUGCUCAGAUGUCAUGCAGUGUUGUCUCUCUGCAUGCAUGCUUCCUUAACUGUUUUCUUCUGUGAAUAUUUGUUGCAACAUAUUUGAGUAUGAAACAAGAUGAGGAACUUCGUAUUUUGGUCUAACUUCACACUGGAUAGUGAGAUAGAGUUGCUCUGUAGCUGAAGAUGUGCUUGUCCUGGCUGGUUUGUUGCCUUAAACUCUGCUAAUGUUGAUGAUUUGCAAUAUUUUCAUGUUUAUCAAAAUUUAAAAAAAUGAGUGAUGAAAAUAAUUCUUAAUAUGUGGUUCAGUAUUUCUCUUCUAUCAGAUGUUUAACAUCUGUAAAAGUUUCUUUAUCUUCAAUUAGCCUUUUUUGGUGUUUUUAUGUAAUCGAGCAUAUUUAACAUUACAAUAAUAUGGAAUAACAUAAGUGUAUGUUUUAAAUUCUGAAAACAUGUUCUGAUUUCAGCCUAAUUUUGAAAAUAUGGCAAAUUAGAAACAUUUCAAGGGUUGCCAAUAAGGCCAAGUACAUUUAAAUUUUUCAAAAAGACCCUAUGAAAUUUAUUUGAUGGUGCUAUAUCAACAUUGUCAGCCACUUUCUGUAUUUAUUAACAUAUUCUUCUUUGAUCAAUUUGGUAAAUCACACUACUAAGUGGGAACGCAGCCGAAAUACAUUUACAGCAGGAAUUCUAAACUCUUCUUAAGCUAAACUUGUUUAUAUUUAUCUCUGCUGUUGGGAAAUGCAGGUUUAAGCAAAUGUUUAGGACAUAAAGUGUGGACACAUGUACUGUAUGUGGAAUUGUUCUCCAUAUAGUAUAGACACACACACACACACAUGCACGCACACAUGCAUGCAUGCAAAUCUUCACACACUGAGAAAACAAUGAACCAUAACCACAAACAAACUACUGGACUCUCUUCACACCUUUUUUUUGUUUGCUUUUUUAUUGCGUAAUUUGUUUUUGUAAACAAUGUUUGUACUGUGAAUGUGAUUCAUUCUCCGACUGUAUAGUUGUGCAUAAUUUAGAUUAUUAUAUUUAUGCUGUCAGUCUCUCCGUUUGCCUUAGCAUUUGUUUUUCCUCUUUCCUUUUUUAUUUUUAUUUUUUUUUAACAUGAAAUGUGCUAAUAUUGUAGAAUGCAAUAGUGUGUGUGUACUUGACUCAGUCUGAAAACAAUGGUGCUAAAUUUGGACUGUACCUGAUCUUAUUUAUUCUAUAUUGAAACAUCAAAAACAAAUUGAAUACUUGGUGCUGUACACAGGGACAUUUGUAAAGCCAUUUUUUCUGGCAUUUCCUUUCUCAUAUUUAAUAUGCUAUUGUCUGGUUCUUUGAAUGCCUCGUGUACAAUUGUAACACCUUUAGAUAAAACUACGCUGCAACAGCUGGCUCAGAGUCUGAGUAAACAGGCGUGAGGACCUCGGGGCGUGUUUCUCACGCCGCAGUUUCAAACAUUAGCAGCCUGCUUCGCUCUCACAGAGAGCUGCUUAGCUGUUGGUGGACAAGACACACUGUUAUUGUACAUAGGUUUUUGUUUCUUCCUUGUAUGUCUCCAUAAACAGAAAGGUAUAUAAAAUAUCUGUCUAUAUACAGUCUAUAUAUAUAAAUAUAUAUAUAUAUAUAUAUAUAAAUGAAUAGAGGUGUUUUGGUGCUGGCAGUGUGACCUUAAACUCAACCUGUUAAUCAGGUGGCCUGAUGCCAAGGAGAGAGACGCGUUGCCACCACAGGACAUUACCAGAAGGCGCUGAACAACACGGCCGCACAACAGCAUCUGAAUCCUUGUGCCAGAACUAGAAAGUCAAAAGCUGUAUUUCACACACCACGGCGCUGUGGUUGAAACACAACUAGAUUCCAGCACUAGAACUGUCCUCACUUUUAUCCAAUGUUUUCAUGUUUUUUUUGUUUGUUUUUUUCCUCUCUUUUCUUUUAACCCAAACCCAGAUUCUGCAGGAAAAAUGGUGCUUCUGUUUGCAAACAAUGGCAAUUCAGGUCUUACAAAUAAAAUCUUCACUGGUGCAUACAAAACUAUGUGGCAACCAUUUUGACACACACACUGUCUUUAGAUGUCUUACUGGCUAGGCCCUACCAUGUAAUGUGAGCAUAAUGUGUCAUUGCAAAGACUCUUGUGAUAGGAUGUAUGUGUGUGUGUGUGUGUGUGUCAAUUUGUGAGAGCAGCCAAGCUUCCUUUUUUGUUAGAUAGUGGGGAUACACUUAAGCACAGUGUGUGUGUGUGUGUUUGCUUUUCCCCCCACUUUGUGGUGCAUAUCUGAGGGAAGAUUAGAUGAAUAAUCAAAGCUUUAUUGUAAACUCCUGUCCUGUUCACUCACACGUGUUCCUCACCUGCGAGUGUUCAAGUGAAAAGAAGAACUUCAUUUUAGAGCAUAGUUAGAGACUUUAGUCUGCUUGUUACCAGCACUGAGAGCUCUUUUGUAAUUAUUGUUGAAGCAGUUUUCAUUUAGAUUUUUCUUGGUGUUUGAUACAAUUGCCGUCACACGUUAUGCUUUUAUUGGUGUCUUCAGAUUCCUGUCGGUUUUUAAUACUACUAGUCAGACACGGUGCUCUCCUUCACUUAAAACAAGGACAUUGCAGCUAUUGAUAAAUACUACUCUUCUCCUGUUGUGCUGCAGGGUUUUAUGGUUUCAUAAUCUUCACCGCGAGCUUGCCUGGCGGCUUUCUGACGGUCCAGUGUAACCUACGGAAAUGUUUUCAACUGGAGAGGCGGCGUGGGGAAUGUGCAAGUGAGAAUAGUUUGUUGGAAUGGCAAAAUUUACCCCCCCCCCCCCCCAUUACAGAUGUGUAGCUAUUUCUAUUAUCAGUCAAAGGGACGAGGUGCUGUUACUCUAGUCCUUUGGUGUAUGAGCCACAGACUGUUAAAAAAGAAUAAGCUAUGAGCAUGAUUUGAAUCAAAACGUCUAUGCAGGGCAGCACGCUCCAUCCUGGUACAUUUCUGAUCAUCUGUGAGAGCUUUUGCAGUCGAGGUUGUUUACUCUAAAUCCUGCCAAAGGUCUUAACUCAGGGACUUCCCACAUGGCUUGAAAUAAUGGACACAAUUUUCUCAGAAGUAACGCAUAUCAGACGUAUUAACCAUGCUUAAGUCCCUUUCUAACCCAACUCGGGACCAGGACGACCCCCUCAGUAAGUGUAAUUCAAGGGGUCAAAAUUCCAAAGUCAUAUCUCCUCCGAUUCAUUCUCACUGUCACAUACAUCCAGCGUCUCCAGUGAAAUCCAGCUUUGUAAUGCUUUAGAAGUGCAGAAGCUGUGAAAUUGCUCGGAUUUUCAGCAUCUUCCUCAACUCAGAAAAUGUCUAGAUUUGCGUCUCCUAAGAAGGAGGUCACCUGUCCUGGGUGGGGAUUGGGUCACAGGACACGCGUGGCCCGCAGCGUGUGUGUGCAGCGAGGCCAGGGCAGGUCUGAGGUGCAAUAACAGCAAACCUACUCCCCAAAAGGCCCUGGGUUUUCAUGACUUGUUGGUGUUUGAUGUUGGUGCUUUUGUCCUAAGAUGUUAUAAUGAUACAAAAUGGAAUUAAUGCCCUGUUCCCCUGCGUUUUGAUUACUAAUAAAAUGUUUCCUAUACUAUUUGAAUU